AAAUGGGACUGGUCGAACAAAGCAAAAGUGGCACCUCCAGAGUACAGUAGUAUCCACCAUCCACCGCUAAAUGUCUGAAUAGCCAAUGAUUGAUUCAUUUGGUGCUGGGUCCACACACCACUUACACUGCAUCCGUACACACCAGAUCCAUAUUCGCUCCAAACCCCCCUUCUUCUUCUUCUUCUUCUUUUAAACAUUAAACACACACAUUCGUCGUCAUCGGCCCCUCCUUUUGUCUCCCGUUCACAACUUGUCCGAAAUUCCAAGUAUUCUCCAAUCUUCUUUGUUCUUGUUCUAGAAACUUCUAUGGCGGCGACGGCGAGUUCAACAUGGCAGCCGCAGGAGGAAGGGUUCAAAGAGAUCUGUGGAUUAUUGGAGCAACAAAUGUCACCUGCUACUUCUGAUAAGUCUCAGAUUUGGCAACAACUUCAGCACUACUCUCACUUCCCUGAUUUCAAUAACUAUCUCACUUUUAUCUUCGCCCGUGCUGAGGGGAAGUCAGUCGACAUUCGGCAAGCAGCUGGGUUGCUUUUAAAAAAUAACCUGAGAGCUGCAUUCAAAAACAUGCCUCUCGCCAACCAGCAAUACAUAAAAUCAGAGUUGUUACCUUCUCUAGGGGCGACAGAUAGGCACAUAAGGUCUACAGCUGGAACCAUUAUAAGUGUUCUUGUACAAAUAGAGGGAUUUGCUGGAUGGCCGGAGUUGCUGCAUGCUCUUGUCAGUGGCUUGGACAGUAACGACAGUAAUCACAUGGAGGGUGGCAUGGAUGCUUUAUCCAAGAUAUGCGAGGAUGUGCCAAGUCUUCUUGAUUCGGAUAUACCUGGAUUAUCUGAACGACCAAUAACUAUUCUCCUUCCAAGGCUUCUCCAGCUUUUCCAGUCACCUCAUGCUUCUCUCAGAAAGCUUUCAUUGAGUUCUGUGAAUCAAUUUAUUAUGCUGAUGCCUACAGUUUUACUUUUAUCUAUGGAUAAAUAUCUUCAAGGGUUGUUUCUUCUUGCCAAUGACCCUGCUCCAGAUGUGCGGAAGUUGGUUUGUAUGGCAUUUGUUCAACUGGUUGAAGUUCGUCCUGCAUUUUUGGAGCCUCACUUGAGAAAUGUCAUAGAAUAUAUUUUGCAAGUCAACAAGGAUCCCGAUGAUGAGGUGGCACUUGAAGCCUGUGAGUUCUGGUCCGCAUAUUGUGAUGCUCCUCAGUUGCCACCUGAGAACUUAAGAGAAUUCUUGCCACGUUUGAUUCCAGUUUUGCUGUCUAACAUGGUAUAUGCUGAUGAUGACGAGUCGCUUUUGGAGGCAGAGGAGGAUGGAUCUCUCCCAGACCGUGAACAGGAUCUCAAGCCUCGAUUUCAUUCUUCACGUUUUCAUGGUUCAGAGGAUGGUGAAGAUGACGACGAGGACAUUGUAAACUUGUGGAACUUACGUAAGUGCAGUGCAGCUGCUCUAGAUAUUCUGUCAAAUGUAUUCGGGGAUGACAUUCUGCCGACAUUGAUGCCUGUGGUUCAGGCUAAAUUGUCUGCUACAGGAGAUGAAGCUUGGAAGGAAAGGGAAGCAGCAGUAUUAGCUCUUGGUGCCAUAGGUGAAGGCUGCAUAACUGGACUCUUUCCUCAUUUGUCAGAGAUUAUUACGUUUCUCAUCCCGCUUUUAGACGACAAGUUUCCUUUAAUACGAAGCAUCUCUUGUUGGACUCUAUCACGCUUCAGCAAAUAUAUUGUUCAGGUGACGGAUCAUCAAGAAGGACGUGAACAAUUCAACAAAAUUCUAAUGGGUAUUCUGCGAAGAGUAUUAGAUGAUAAUAAACGAGUGCAAGAGGCUGCUUGUUCAGCUUUUGCUACCCUUGAAGAGGAUGCUGCGGAAGAGUUGGCACCAUGCUUGGAUAUCAUUUUGCAGCACCUGAUGUGUGCAUUUAAAAAAUACCAGAGACGGAACCUUAGAAUUGUUUAUGAUGCCAUUGGAACAUUGGCGGAUGCUGUUGGAGAGGAGCUAAAUCAGCCCAGGUACCUUGAGAUUUUAAUGCCCCCAUUAAUUGAGAAGUGGCAGCAACUUCCAAAUUCAGACAAAGAUCUUUUUCCACUGCUGGAGUGUUUUACCUCGAUAGCUCAGGCUUUGGGUACUGGAUUUGCACCAUUUGCUCAGCCCGUGUUUCAGAGGUGCAUAACCAUCAUUCAGUCACAACAAUUGGCAAAGGUUGAUCCUGUUUCAGCUGGUUUUCAAUAUGAUAGGGAAUUCAUUGUUUGUUCUUUAGACCUGCUCUCUGGACUUGCUGAAGGUCUUGGUAGUAGUAUAGAAAGCCUGGUUUCACAAAGUAAUUUAAGGGAUUUGCUUCUGCAAUGUUGCUUUGAUGAUGCUCCAGAUGUUCGGCAGAGUGCCUUUGCAUUGCUUGGUGACCUUGCAAAGGUUUGUCCUGUUCAUUUGCAUCCUCGUUUGGCCGAAUUUCUUGAUGCUGCUGCUAAGCAACUGAACACUUCCAAGCCAGUUGAGAAGGAAACGAUUUCUGUGGUCAACAAUGCAUGCUGGGCAAUUGGAGAAUUAGCUAUCAAGGUUCCCAAGGAGAUAUCUGCAAUAGUCUUGACUGUAGUAUCAUGCUUAGUGCCAAUUCUUCAAUAUGCUGAGGGGCUCAACAAGUCACUGAUAGAAAACAGUGCUAUCACCCUUGGAAGACUUGCAUGGGUUUGUCCAGAGCUUGUAUCACCCCAUAUGGAACAUUUCAUGCAAGCUUGGUGUAUUGCUCUGUCAAUGAUACGUGAUGAUAUUGAAAAGGAGGAGGCUUUUCGCGGUUUAUGUGCAGUGGUUAAGGCCAAUCCAGCUGGUGCUUUGAAUUCACUUGUCUUCAUGUGCAAAGCCAUUGCAAGUUGGCAUGAAAUAAAAAGUGAAGAUCUACACAAUGAAAUCUGCCAGGUUUUGCAUGGAUAUAAGCAAAUGCUCAAGAAUGGUGCUUGGGAACAGUGCAUGUCUGCCUUGGAGCCCUCUGUGAAGGGCAAGCUGUUAAAGUAUCAAGUAUAAAAAGUAUAAUGUGUCCAAUGCUAGUGCUCAUCGCUCCUGUGUUGCUUCAGAGCCACGCAUCUCUCCGAUUUAUAUUGGUGCCAGUUUACCAUUGUCUGAUUGUUGUUGAAGUUGAACAAUGCAUGUUGGAGCAAGCACGAGUUUGCAGUUGAAUUGUCAUCCUGGAGAAAUAUGCUCUUUGAAGAUUGAAUCUUGCUAUACUUCUCCAAAUUUCAGGUGAGCUGGUUUGUCUGCAUAGCUGUUGUUUGGAGCAGAGAAGCAAAGGUUUGAGACAUCUACUGUGCAGGUUGCUUUAUGACAUCCAUAUUUUAGCUUCUGUCUGGGUCCUGAAAAGGCAUGAUGGCAUUUGUCUUGGGUAGUUAGGUUUCACCAUUUGCUUCUUGGGUCUAGAAGUAAUUUUUCUUCAUUUUAAAGUUUUCUUGGUAAGGUUCCAUUGGGUUGGAUUAAUUCAGCACCCACGACAGCUAGGUGUCUCAUACUUUAAUGAUCUACCUUUUCUUUUAGGAGGUUACGAAUUGGUGGUCUGUUAGGAGGGAAUGGGAUAUUGUUUAGUUAGAUGGGUGACGAGAGAGCAAUAAUAGUUAGAUGGGUGAUGAGGUUCGAAUUGUGCCUAUUCAAAAAGGUAAAAUGUGCAUCUUUUUAUCCUGCCAUAAUUUUUGUCACCUUUUAUAGUAAUUGAAAUUUUGACAGUCAUAGAGUUGUGACGUGAUGCCUAAAGUGUAUGUUGUAUGUAGAGUGCUGUACUGCUGUAUCAUAAUUCUGAGUGUAAAGUUCCAUUUGUACUUUUGUCCAGCAGUUGUUUCUGCACCUAUUCAAAAAGGAAGUAAUUUCUUUUCUUGAAGUAUGUUUGACAUUCUUUCUUA